CUGUUCAAAGAACUGCUUUCACACAGACUCUUGCAGAAUUAAUGCACAUACACACACUGUCUCAUCGUCCGUCCAUCGCUUCAGCUUCGCUUCAGCUCUUCUCAAUUGCCAGGAUGUACAGAUCAGGGAUAUUGAUCCUCCUGUUCCUGAAUUUUGUGGCUGCCGAAGUCAUAGCUGGGAAUGGAUAUUGCUAUAUUCUUGAUGGGAUUUUGGUUGUCUAUGGCGUCGUGCUGACGAUCCUCUACUGCAGACUGAGGCUGCUGUCUCAAAAUAAUGAGACAAAUGAAGGGAAACCAGAGGGCAUCUACCAGGGUUUGAAGCAUCAAAACCAGGACACCUAUGAGACGCUCCAUGUGAAGAAGAAACCCUUGGCAUAACUGUUUGACAUUUUCCUUUGUCUUCUGAUUUACAGCAACUCUGCCUGUCUAACAGGCUUUUCCUUUCUGUGAAAUUUAUGUUCGUAUAUCUGUUGUUUCUUUUGCUUACUAACAUGUUUUAUUUUUUACGUUUGAUUACACAGCUUGCGUUUCAUCAAUUAUGAGCAUUUAUGUCCUUUUGCAUUACAUAAUUUGGUAAGAACCUUAAAUGCCUUGUAACUUUUCUAUAUUUUAUAUCAUUAAAUUAUAAGCUAAGCAUGAUAUAAUUAUCAUCUAGCAGACAUAAUUAUACAAUUAUGUCAAUUAUAAUAAAAAAACAGUGCUAUUAAAUAUUAUUACUUUGCUUUAAUACUAAAAGUGAUGAAUGUACAGAAAGAAGCCUUUAAAAAGAGA